CUAACUCAAUGUCACUAGUGAUGAAGCUAUUAGUGACAAACGCCAGUUCCCCGGCAAAAUUCCAAUGAUGGACAUUCUACCGGAAGACCUGGCGGCCCAUCACUAUUUCUUCGUCGUGGCGCUGAUCGUGCUGGUGUCGUUGUACCUGCACGAUUUGUGCACGUCCAGGCGAUGCUCGUGCGACGACAACGAGAUGGUGUUGCACGUGUACUCCUACGACGGCAUCGACGGGCCCCAAUGCUGGAAGCAGUUCUUCGAAUCGGCCAGAGGCGACCGCCAAUCGCCCAUCAAUAUACUGUAUUCCAGCACCUUUCCGGCGGAGCCCGUUCGUCCGCUGGUGUUCUCCGAGGAAUUCCACAAAACUCCGACGGAAAUGCGACUGUAUAAUAACACCCACAACGUGGUGGUCUACGCCAAUUGGCGCCUCGGCAAACCGCCUUCCUUGUCCGGCGGGCCGUUGGAUGAGCAAUACAGAUUUCUAAAUAUGCGCUUUCGUUGGGGCCACAACGAUAAAGAAGGUUCUGAGCACAUGAUAGCUUCGACGCGUUACUCCAUGGAACUCCAAGCGGCUUUUAUAAAAUCCAGCGUUUGCGACGAAGACAUGACUUCAGCUGCUAGAAACGGUUCGCUGAUGAUGCUCAGUUAUCUCUUCAUGGUAACUCCCGUUGAUAAUCCGUAUUUGGAACCGGUCGUGACCGGUUUGAGGUACAUCAAGCACCCGCUUAGCUACGUUUGCAUCGAACCGAUUAUACUUUCGCUGUUGAUGCCGGAGUUCUCGAGAGAUUUCUAUGCUUAUCACGGUUCUUUGACUUUUCCGCCAUGCACGGAAGGUGUGCUUUGGAUCGUCAAGCCGGAGCCUUUGAUGGUGUCGUCCAGGCAAAUCAAUCAGUUUAGAAGGAUACGUAGCUACUGUGGAUACAUCGAGAAUAACGCUAGACCGGUAGAAAAAAUCAACGAUAGAAUAAUUGACUAUUACGGCUAAACUGU